AGAAGCCAAGCGGCCCGUCCCAUCACAUCCAAGCCCAAUCUCACCGCCAUCGAUUACCUUGACUCAGAUCUCAAACACAGCCCAACAUUCGUCGCAUACAGGGUAAAUGCUUGCUGAUGCCUAGUCUAAUUGACAGCGACACCUCACGUCAUUCAAGCGCAGCGAAAUGACCCUAGAUACGACGGUGCCAAAAUUGGUCACCGUCAUAAUCACAACUUCCCCAACUCCAUCCGCGCCUUCGACGGAGCUUGUCUCAGCGGUCCUUGAGUCAUUUGAAGAGCAUUGCCAUGCUUUGACAUUAUGUGAUGUUAUUGUUGUUUUCGACACUUUUGACCAGAUAGUACCUACAGCGCGAUUGAAGAAAGGACAAGUCACGCCUCAGCAGGCAGCAGAUUUUGACGAAUACAAGAAGAAUAUCAAGGAACUGAUACUCACGAAAUAUCGCUAUGUCAAUGCUGAGUUCACCCAACGGCGUGCUAAGGCCGAGUAUGGUAGUCCCAAUCCCCAGAACACUGUUGACUACACGAUAUCGCAAACCAGCGACAAGAAAGUCACCUUUAUAGAGCCUUCAAGACGACUAGGGUUCGGUCUUGCAGUCAGAUCAGCCUUGAGGGUAGCUCAAACUCCUUUCGUCUGGGUGCAGCAACAUGAUUGGGCUUUGGUUGCAGACUUCCCCGUGGCGCCUCUUGUACAAGUCAUGAAAGCAUACGAUUCUCACCCAGAAACUCCCAUCAAGUAUAUAUGCUUAGCUGCUGUUCGUAUGCUCUCGCAUGCCAUAUCCGAACAACAUCCAGUCUUGCGAGAGCUAUCAUCAUCUCUUACACAAAAAUACGAAGAUCAGACACAUCCUGGUGUCAAGAUACCCUUGACACCAAUUUACUUCUGGCAUGAUAAACCACAUCUUGCAUCAACAGCGCAUUACCUCCAGAGGGUGUUUCCCUCACGGCUGGCUAUGCUGCGAGGAGACUUUAUUGAGGACAAGAUUGGACAAAGAGCUCGCGCUCAGAUGAAGGAAGGCCUCUGGACGAAAUGGGCUACUUGGCUCUACUACCCUGAUGAUGGGAAACAACUAUGUUUGAAACACCUUCAGGGGAGGACUUGGGUGGGUGCUGAACGACAAGCCGAUAGAGCUGCUAUGUGGAGAGAAAGGAAUGAGGCGGAACGGGCAGCUCAAGACGACAGCUGAUCUAGAUAUGGAUAGCAACUGUAUUCUCAGUGAACCAAACGCGCCCCAAUUCAACCUUCCUUCGUUCAUUUAAGCAUCACGAUUACUUCAUCGCCAGCACCACAG